UCUUGGUGAAAUAAAUGAGCACAGCGCCGCCAUUUUCGCAGAACUCAGAGCGGCAGACCCGGAGUUCGCACCCUUCGAGGGCUUGUUUCUGCCCUCGCAGCGCAAGCGCUCGUUUCUCACGCCAGAUGAGGGCACCGCUUUGGACAAGAAGUUGGAGCAAUUCAUGCUCCUGCUCAGUGGCUACUUUGACAGCAGC